UUUUGUUGUUGAUUUUUCCCGCUCAUUUUUGACAAUCGCAAAGCAUUUUUAAAGUAAAGUAAACCAAAAACGCUACGAUUGCAUAUUUUUUGUUUUAUUUUGAUUUUAUUCAAAUUUAAAGUUUGAAAAACUUUUCAAAGUCAUGACCACUUUAAUUGAACAAGUCAUCAGCAAAAUGGGAAUAUAUGACGAACCCAACAUGUUAAGCAAAACAACUGAACUUGCACGUUUGUUGGAAUUACGGUCUAUAAAUAUUCCUAUUAAUGAAUAUGGAAAAAUUAUUAUAUGUGCAGAUAUUGCAGCGGUCAUGCUGGGUAUAGCAUUUGACACGGAGCAGGCUAUAAAAUUAUCCCACUUAAAAAAAGCGCAUUAUAUUAAUAGAAAGCGUAUUAUAGAAAAACUUUUGGAUUUGGACAAAGUAGUUGGCGUUAACGAUAUUUGUAUUCAGUUAGGACUAAGCGAAGUAUCAAAAAAGGCUAAUGAACUGCAUGAAUUAUAUAAGAAUAUAGUAGCUAAGGAAAACCACGACAUUGAUAUCAAUCAUCCACAAUAUGCAGCAAUUGCUGUAUUUCAGGCUUGUAAAAUAUUAAAGAAAAAACCACCGAAAACAAGACUCAUGCCAUAUAGUAAUCUAAGGCCAACACAGUGGAUGCAAUUAGAAAAGCGUUGGGAUAGAUUUAUAGCAAUGCAAUAUAAAGAUUCUAUUGAUAAAAAAAUGAAGGGCUUACACCCAGAGGAGUCUAAGCCAUACAAACAGCCAGAAGUUAGUACAAGCAAAUCUAAUGUGUCAGUGUUGGAAGAUUAUGAAGUGUGGAAAGAAAGGAUUCUAGAAAUGGCGAGAAGCAAACUUACCUGAAGUACAAAAUCAUUAAUAACUAAUUUAAAGUUGUUCAUUAUUAUUU